AUGAUUAUUAUGAUUCCAAUACUUAAUCGAUUACCAAUAUUUGGAAAAAGACGUAUUGAUACGUGUAGGCAACUUAUAAAAAAUAUUGCUCUGCAAAUGAUAAAUCAACGAAAACAUGAUUUGACAAGAGCAACUUGUAAAAGAUCCGAUUUACUAGAUCUACUUUUGACAGCACAUGGUGAGAAUAAAGAACAAAAAUUUACCGACGAUGAAGUUUCAGAUGAAGCAAUUACUUUUAGUAAAACAGCAAUUGUUGACAAUACUCUUGUAGCUAGUGAUGGUAAACAGAUUUAUAUUCCAAAAGGAACUGAUGUUAUGAUACAUUUGAAUAUUAUGAAUAGUUCAGAGAAGUAUUGGGAUGAACCAAAUAAAUUCAAUCCGGCAAGAUUUCUUGAAGGCCACUCACCCGUGACAUUUCCAUUUGGACUUGGACCCCGUACAUGUAUUGGACAGAAUUUUGCUGUGCUAGAAUCAAUCAUCAUAUUAGCAUUGUUGCUGCAUCGUUUUCAUUUUGAACUAGUACCAGGUCAAAAAAUUGUCCUAAGUAGUGCCGGUCUAGCCAGACCUAAACAUGGCGUAUCAAUGCGAAUCUGGCCACGAUAA